CUAAAUUAAUUCUCAUGGUAUCAGAGCGGUAAACGCACGUCCGAGGCACUGUUUCGUUCCAGUCUUCAACGACGGCUUGCAGCACCAGUGUUGUAUGCAACCGACGAACAUGGCUGGGGAAGAUAAAAUUGAUGUUGCAUCUCCGUACUAUCUUAGUUCAGGGGAUCAACCUGGAAACCUUAUCACCCAUGUGAUACUCACCGGUGAUAACUACGUAGCAUGGGCGAGAGCAAUCACGCUCUCGUUGAAAGUAAGAAGAAAGUUCGUGUUCGUUAAUGGCACGAUCAACAAACCGACUGAGGCUCGAAAAUUAUUGACUUGGGAAACAUUGAAUUCUAUGUUUGUAUCAUGGAUUUUGCGUAGCAUCGACGGGAAGAUUGCAGCUUCGAUACCGUAUCACGUUGAGGCCAAACCUUUGUGGGGAUAUCUGGAACGGCGUUAUUGUGUGGCUAACGGUCCGCGGAUUCAGCAACUCCGGGCAGACAUCGUUGGCUGCAGACAAACUAAGGGCAUGAGUGUGGACGAUUACUUUAACCGCCUCAUGUCUCUUUAUGACGAAUUGGAACGACUGAAGCCCCUGCAGUCUUGCUCGUGUGGUGCGUGUAAGUGUGAAGUUGCUGAAAAAUUUGCAGCAGACCGGGCGGAGGAGAAAUUGCACCAAUUUUUUAUUGGUAUUGAUGACAAAUAUUAUGGAAUCACACGCUCCAACUUGCUCUCGCAGCCGAUGCCAGUAACACUUGAUCGGGCUUACCAGGCCUUCAUCCAAGAAGAGAAGUCCAAAGACAUUGCUCGAGGAAAGGCCUUGAUGCAAGAGACUCAGGCUUUCGCCUUGCGCGUCGAACAACCAAAGUCCCGGGAUGAACGUGUUGACAAGGAGAAACUCGUAUGCAGUCACUGUAAAAAGAAGGGACAUGAAGUGGGGGCAUGUUUCAAACUACAUGGCUAUCCGGAGUGGUGGAUGGAGCGUAACCGGAAUGGGAAAGGGACGUCCAGUUCUCGGAACGGGCAGGGUUCAUCUCAAAACAAAAAGGUGGCGCAAGCACAUGUAGUAAAGGACGAGGAGGUGCAGACUGGCACCGAGAGCCUGGUUGCACAACUCAGGCCAGAGCACAUUCAGGCCCUUCUUAACUUGGUUAAUUCUGAUUCUAAGCUUGCUAAUACAGAUCGCAUGACUGGACCAACUCUCGGGGAACCUGAUUGGAGCCGGUGAACGGCGGGACGGACUCUACUACUACCGUAGCAUUCCACGCAUUCAGUUGAUUACUUCGUCUGACAUUGGGAAUUUUGAUUUGUGGCAUCGUCGGCUUGGACAUCCGUCUGAUCGUGUGCUCAAGUUAGUGCCUGGUGUUCUAGGAAAUAAAACAUUAAAUAAGCCGUGUGUGGCAUGUCCUAUGGCAAAGAAAAAACGUGAUAGUUUUCCAGUUAGUGAAA